GUAGCUCAGCUCCCAUUUUAUGUGUCCCCCUUAUCGUCGCACAACCUGGAAGUUUAGCAUUUAGUUCGGAUCAUCAGUCUUAAAAAUUUCUGCUUGAUAUCGCCGAGUCUGACUCACAUACAAAAUUUGAGGAAUUCUCAAUCUGAAACCGUUUAUGGAAAUAAAACAAAAAAUCUUGGCGUACGCCAUAAAUAACAGGAGCAGGGCGGUAGCAUUCAAUGAAGAAGCAGAGGUUUAGGUGAGUGGGGACAUCUAGUGAUAGGGAAGAUGAUAUUUAAGGAACGUACGUAAACUUGAGCUCUGGGACGUGAAUAGAAGAUUUCAAACAGGGAAUCCGCCCAUAAAAUGCAGUGAAAGGCGGCAACACCGGCAGUAGUAAUGGCUUUAGAAGAAGACAUAGAGGACAUGAACAGCUCUGAGACAGAGAUGUCCAAAAUUCCUCUCAUGAGAGCUUUCGUUGAGUCCAAGGAUCCCUCUGCUAAGGAAUAUGAUGAUUUGACGAUGAGAAGAUUCUUGCGCGCUCGUGAACUAGAUAUAGAGAAGGCUUCAGAAAUGUUCCUGGAGUUCUUGAAAUGGAGGCGCUCAUUUGUUCCAAAUGGUUCUAUUUCUCUAUCAGAGGUUCCAAAUGAACUUGCCCAGAACAAGAUUUUCACGCAAGGACUCGAUAAGAAAGGACGUCCUAUAACAAUUGUCUUUGGUGCUAGACACUUCCAAAACAAAGUCGGCGGUCUGGACGAAUUCAAACGGUUUGCAGUGUACUCUCUUGAUAAACUUUGUUCAAGGAUGCCACCAGGUGAAGAGAAUUUCGUGGGUAUAGGAGAUCUUAAAGGAUGGGGAUACUCAAACUGUGAUAUUCGUGGUUAUCUUGGCGCUCUAAAGAUUUUGCAGGAUUAUUACCCAGAACGGCUGGGGAAGUUAUUCAUUGUGAACGCACCCUCCAUAUUUAUGGCAGCAUGGAAGAUUGUUUACCCUUUCAUUGACAAGAAAACCAAGAAGAAGAUUGUGUUUGUGGAGAACAAGAAGUUGAAAUCAAGAUUGCUGGAAGAUAUAGAGGAGGAUCAGCUCCCAGAGGUAUACGGCGGGAAGAUGCCAUUAGUCCCCAUCCAGAAUUGCUAGUUAAAUGAGCAAUCUCAGUUUUUCCCCCCUUUUUCUUUGAGCAAACGCGCAAUCAUAAACACAUUUCGUUCCCAGUAUUUACUUACUUUUGCCAAUUGCUUCUUCGUUUAGAUAAAUCUGUGCCGUGUCAGACGCUUUAUGAGGAUAUGAUAUGAUAGAGUUGUAUAAAAUGGCGGGUUCUUAUAUUUUAGCUGAUAA